AUGUUUCCCUCAAUUACUAUCCAUCGUCAUCUGGACAGCCUCAGGAUACGAGAAUCAAAGCUAACUAUUUAUAAGAACGCUGACAAAGCGAUAAUUGGCCAUAGAAACCUCAGUAUAUACCAACCUAUGGCCAAGAUAUGGCCAAGAAUUCUUAGAGGUAAGAUCCAGUCAUACCUGCAAGCACCUCUGAUGGAGCACGAUCGUCAAAGUGACGAGAUCUGCGAAGGCUUGCCAAAUGGUACGAGCAAACGACCAGCAUUCUCCAUGUGUAAAGAAGGAACCCUUGUGAUUUUGCAUGGUGGAGCCAUUACAAACAUGGAAGGAGACGACCGGUACCCGGUGAAUUUCGAAAAAGCUGUACGGGUUUUUCUAGAUGUGACGAGUGCGGCUUCACGACGAUAUGACAAUUUGGGAUUGGACGUCUCAUUGUACAAAAGGUCAACUGGAUGGUUCGGUUGUGGAUGGAUGUUUCUACCGAGUUUCGGAAUGCUGAACAAUUACGAUCUCUGCCAAGAUAAUCCAUCAUGUCCAUUGUCACCGGGACGUCAAGUGCUUGAAUUCACUUUGGAUCCAUCUCGACUUUUCACUCGACUCUUCCGAAUGAUUCACUAUGAUAUGGUAAGCUUAUAUUUUCUCUUUCAUAACACUAUUUGGCUAGAGGCGGAGUCAUUUCUGGACGUCACUGGUGGAAGAGUGUUGUGA